UCUGGUGUUUUUGUUUUCUUUGAUUGUCCUCCAAUGAUGAGUGACAAAGCCCUAUAUAUGGGUUUGUUUAGGUGUGUUGUUUUAGCUUCUUUACACAAGGUUGUCUUUUGUAUAGUUUGGUUGCUUUAUUUUUUUUUUUAUUUACGAAGUUCUCAUUGUUAAAAAAAGAAAAAAAAAAAGUCAAAGGAACUUGACCAUACCUCCUAAGUCUCUCAAAAAAGAAAAACCUUGUUCUCUACCUCAACCAAAAUUACAAAUUUCACCAUCUAAUUUCCUCAAUCACCCCAAAAAUAAUCAGCAAAAUCUUGAAUUAGAGGAGAGAGAGAGAGAGUAAAAUGGGAGAGGAGGUAAGAAUGGACCCCACAACCACCUCUAGCAGCGCCCAACCAGAGCCAAUACGCGGGUUCCCGGCAGCAGCACAGCCGGAAAUCAUGAGAGCCGCCGAGAAAGACGACCACUACGCCUCCUUCGUCUCCGACGCUUGCCGCGAUGCUUUCCGCCAUCUCUUCGGUGCUAGGAUUGCUGUUGCUUACCAUAGUGAGACAAAACUUCUAGGGCAGAUGCUUUAUUAUAUUCUUACAACAGGUGCGGGCCAGCAGACUUUGGGAGAAGAGUACUGUGAUAUAGCUCAGAUUGCUGGAACUUAUGGACUUCCUCCAACUCCUGCGAGACGUGCAUUAUUUAUUCUUUAUCAGACAGCAGUUCCUUACAUUGCAGAAAGAACGAGCUCCAGAAUUGCUUCCCGUGGCAUGUUCCUCACUGAAUCACAUUCUGAUGAUUUUAGUGUUAGCAAUGCUCCUUCGAAUAGUCAAACAGGCAGUGAAACCUCAACAUCGUCCACAUCGCAGGUCUCAAGAUCAUCCCUUUCUAGAUUGAAAGAAAAAUUUAGAAGAUUGCGGCUGUACAUAAUUCAGAGAUGGCCAACGGUGCUCCCAGUAGCACGUGAGGUUUUGCAGCUGUUUCUUCGAACAAAUCUUAUGCUUUUCUACUUUGAAGGACUUUACUAUCAUAUCUCAAAACGAGCAUCUGGAAUCCGUUACAUGUUUAUUGGAAAACCAUCAAAUCAAAGACCAAGAUAUCAAAUACUAGGAGUUUUCCUUCUAAUCCAGUUAUGUGUCAUUGCUGCUGCAAGAUUGCGGCAGACCAAUUUAUCUUCCCUUGGAGGUUCAUCUAGUCAGAUGUCUUUUGGGCCUUAUCAACAGUCAGCAGGAAGAGGAACACCUGUUCUGAAUGAGGAAGGGGACCUGAUCACUGCAGAGUCGGAGAGAGCCAAUUUUCUAGCAGAGUCUACUUCAUCUGAGGCUAAAGGAGCAAGUAAAUGCACUCUUUGUCUUGGUAAUCGUGAGCAUCCCACUGCUACACCUUGUGGCCAUGUAUUUUGUUGGAACUGCAUCAUGGAAUGGUGCAAUGAAAAGCCUGAAUGCCCUCUUUGUCGGACUCCGUUGACACAUUCGAGUUUGGUUUGUUUAUAUCACUCGGAUUUCUAGACCAUCAUGUGGGGCAUCAUCAAUGGUGAAAAAGUGCAUUCUAUUUGGGGGAAAAACUGAUAUAAACAAGACCAACAGCAUUUGCCCCAUGAGAUCAUGUGGCUUAUGCCUUGGUAGGGUAGUAAUUCUUGGUGUUCUUGGAAGGUUGAGUGAGUUAGCUAUUGACCUAUUGUACAAUUCAAUAUUGUUUGAACAAAAAAAUUAACAUAAUACCACUAUUGUAUCCCUGGUGUAUUUUAUGAUAUCUGGCCAAUUUGUAUUCCUGGUAUUUUAUGAUAUCUGGCCAAUUUACCUACAUUAUUUGUCUGUAUACAAGUGAUAUGUGCAAUAAAGAUGUUAAAAUAAUGGAAAGUUGAUCCUUGUCCUUAGAUACUA